GCCUCUAAACUCUUACCAUUUUUCCAAUUUCAGGACUACAAUGCUAAAUUAUCAGAUUUUGGUCUUGCCAAAGAUGCUCCUGAUGAAGGCAAAACCCAUGUGUCUACUCGAGUCAUGGGCACUUAUGGUUAUGCUGCUCCUGAGUAUGUAAUGACCGGUCACUUGACAUCAAAAAGCGAUGUUUACAGUUUCGGUGUGGUUCUACUUGAAAUGCUGACUGGUAGAAGAUCUAUGGACAAAAACCGACCAAAUGGUGAACACAACCUUGUUGAAUGGGCGAGACCACAUCUCCUGGACAAAAGAAGAUUCUACAGGUUACUUGAUCCGAGACUUGAGGGUCAUUUCUCCGUGAAAGGAGCUCAAAAAGUGACACAGCUUGCAGCAAAAUGCCUUAGCCGUGACUCCAAAAUAAGACCGAAAAUGAGUGAAGUGGUGGAAGUCCUGAAGCCUCUCCCACAUCUCAAGGACAUGGCUAGCACGUCUUACUACUUCCAGACUAUGCAAGCUGAGCGUUUGAAAUCUGUGUCAGGGUCAGGGUCGGGUCGUGGAUUCGGGUCAAGAAAUGGGCAACCUGUGUUUCGAACUCUGUCUAGUCCUCAUGGUCAAGCUGGUUCCUCCCCUUAUCGUCAUCAGAUUCCAUCUCCUAAGCCUAAAGGUGCAACUACUUAGAUUUUGCACUUUCCUGUGACGUAAGCUGUAAGCAAGAACGUCUCUUCUUAACAAAUGUAAAACAACAAAUCGAUAUUUCUUAACAAAAAGAAAGGUUUAUUCUGAAGAAGAUCCCCAACUUGUGUAUUUUACCUUUGUGACCUCAUGUUUCUUCGUCUAUUAUUGUACUCGUGAACAAUUGUCUUCUAGGGGUAAUAUUGUCAUCAUA